UUACCAUGUCUAAUACUAGUAAAGAUUAUGGAAAAUUAAAGGAUGUAAGCAGUCAUUUCACAGAAGAAACAUUAAAGAACAUAUUAUGUACUGUACAUAAUGGGACAGAAGUAAAUGUGUUGAGUUGGAAUUUUGGUCAAGCCAGUGCUAAAGGUGAUAAUUAUUUAUCAACUGUUAAUAAAAUUAAAGUUAAUGGGAUUGUUGAUGGUAAAGAAAUACAAGUUAGUUUGGUGGUAAAAUCCUUACCACAAAAUAUUGGUAGAAGAAACACGUAUAGAAGUGUAGAUUUUUUUCACAAUGAGAUUAUAUUUUAUACUCAGGUGCUCCCUAAAUUGGAAGAAUUUGUAAGAGAUAAAGAACAAAGUCAAAUAUUAUGUGUACCACGUCACUUUGUUUCUGUUAUGGAUGGUAAAAAUGAUUACAUAACAUUGGAAGAUGUAACUACUUUAGGAUAUAAAUCUAUAGACAGACAGAAUUGCCUAGAUCAAAAUCAAUGUAUGAUGAUUUUAAAAACUAUAGCAAAAUUCCAUGCAACUUCUUUUGCAUGUAAAGAUCAAAGAAAAGAAGAAUUUAUGAAAGCUAUAGAAAAUUUGGAUGAAACAUACUUCAGUAUGAAUCAUUGGGAUUGGUAUAAAAGAUUUUAUGAAAGAUUAGUAGGUAUUGCUAAGAAUGCUUUAGCUAUGGAAUAUCCUGGCAGUGAAGCAGAAAAAAAGUUUAAUUCUUACAAAUUUGAUGAAUUGUUUGAAAAAGUUGCUGAAUUUUGUAAUCGUAAAUAUCAUGCAACGUCUGUGAUAAUCCAAGGUGAUUGCUGGGUUCCAAAUUUUAUGGCCAGAAAGACAAACGAAAACGAAGCUUUAAUGCUUGAUUUUCAGUUGACAAGAUGUGCAAGUCCAGUUUUAGAUAUAUCAACUUUUAUUUAUGCUUGCACCGAUAAAAUUGUUUGGAAAACACAGUUUGAUGAAUUAUUAAAAUUUUAUCACAACGAACUUUGUAAAACUAUAAGAUUGCUUGGAUCAAAACCUGAAAAUAUAUAUCCAUGGAGUACAUUUAUGGAAGAGGUAAAAGAACAAUUUCUAUUUGGUCUAGUAUUUGCAAUGGAGAUUAUUCCAAUGAGUCUGUUAGACGAAUCUAAUAUAUUCGACUUAGAUGCUAUAAAAGAUGAUACUGCAGUAGACAUUGCUGAUAUAUGGACACUGUCAAAUAUUAAGUCAAAAAGUGGAAGACUUAGACUGGCUGAUGUUAUUGUUCAUGCAGUUCAAAAAGGAUUUUUGUAACUUUUAUAAAUUUAUAUUUAAUAAAAGAUUCAGAUAAAUAUA